UCGAAGACGCCAUUCAUGUUGAUGUUUGCCUUGUGUUAACUGCUUUCGUCGUUUGUUGCUGCUUCUUGUUAUUUCGUUGCUGCUGUUCCGUUUUGUUACUGUUUUGGUAAACAUGAGUGAUUCCCACGAAACGCUCUAUAAGUGUGAGGAGUGCAUUUCAGAGUUUAAAAUGCGAAAGAACCUCUACGCUCAUAUGAGGAAAGUUCAUGAACUUGAUAUCCAUGUGUCUAAAAAAGGAAAAGGCAAUGAAUUGUGUCCCCAGUGCGGAAUUGCAUUUAUGAGAUGCAGUUCAUUAAAACGGCAUCAAAUAACUGUGCAUGGCAUGAAGUCGGAGGAAAACAGUCGGAAUGCCGCAUUAUUUGCCCACAGUGCUCUCUCUCGUUUCUCACCUAUGACACACUGAGAACACGUAUUCAAGAGAACCAUGAUGUUAGUUUUGAGUGCCAGGCGAUAGAAUUUGGUUGUCUUGCAGACUUUGAAGAGUGGAAAAUUUCUUACGAAAAAGUAAACCAUGUUCGUUAUGUAAUGAAUUGUUCGGAGCAGGAGCGACUAGAAAAACGUGUUCGAUAUUACCGCUGCCAUCGCUAUUUCAAUUUCAGUUCUAAAGGAACAGGUGCCAGGUGUGUCAAAAGUAUGGGCACGAAUAAAAUAGGCAGUACUUGUCCAUGCAACAUGCAAGUGGCAACAACAGAGGACAAAUGCUGCUUAAAAUUUUUUCCAAAACAUAUGGGACACACGCAAGAUGUCAGAAGAACAUUUCUGCAUAGGAACGAGAGGGCAGAGUUGGCAGGACGGCUGUCACAGGGUGUUCCUAUUGGACGAGUUGUACAAGAGGUCCGAAGUGCACCAAUUGCUGCAAGUGUGGAGAGAAUCCAUUUCCUUGAGAAAAAAGAUUUGCAUAAUAUAAAAUGGGAUUUUGAUAUUGGUUAUGCAACGAAGAAGCAUGAAAAUGAUGCAGUGAGUGUGAAAUUGUGGGUUGAAGAAAGACAAAGUGACAACCCAGUACUGUAUUUCAAGCAGCAAAAAGAAGUGUAUCCUAAUUUUCAAGAUGAAGACUUCAUUCUUAUUAUAAUGACAGACUUUCAGGCCGAACAACUUCUAAAGUAUGGAGAAGAUAAAAUAUGUGUGGAUGGCAUGACUGCAUACGAUUUUCAACUUUUUACUAUUGUCGUUGUUGAUAGAUAUGGUGCUGGAAUGCCAGUUGCAUUUUGUUUUUCAAAUAGGGGAGACAUGUGCUUACUGUCUUUUUAUUUCAAAUGUGUGAGAGAAAGGGUGGGCACUGUAAAGACCAAUGUGUUUGUGUCUGACGAUGCACCAGCAUUUUAUAAUGCAUGGUUAGCAGUAAUGGGACCUGUGCCAAACCAGUUGCUGUGUUCUUGGCAUACACAACGGAACUGGUCUCAGAAUUUAAGGAGAAUUGCUGGGGGUAGUGAGAAAAAAUCAGCAGUGUUUAGUUCACUAAAGCGACUUCAGACUGAACUGGAUACAGAUGUUUUUAGUUGUAGUCUGGAGAAAGUGGUGGAAGACUUAUUGAAUGAUCUGGAUACUGCAGGAUUUGGCAGGUACUUUCUUAAGAUGUACUGCCAGCGAGUGGAAAAGUGGGCGUAUUGCUUUAGGCAGCGAUUGGGCAUUAAUACAAACAAUUACUUGGAGUCCCUACCUAAAGUAAUUAAAUACAGCUCCCUAGAAGGGAAAAAGUGCAGAAGGCUGGACAAGUCAUUAAAUGCUUUGUUAUGUUUAGUGAGAGACAAAGUAUAUGAGGGCUCAGUGAAGCUCUCAAAACGUAAACAGUGCUCUAGGGCGUCAAGAGUGAAAGCAAGCCACAACGAUAGCUCAGAUAUAACAAAUGGGAUGAUUUUAUGCAGGGGUGAAGGGUUGUGGGAAGUGCUUUCUUCCACUGGUUGUGAAGUGUAUGUUGUUGUAAAAAAUUCAGAACUGAUAUGCGAAAGAAAAUGUUCACGUAAGUGUAACAUCUGCAACAUAUGUGUGCAUUCAUAUAAAUGCAGCUGUUUAGACAAUAUUUUAAAUUUUAACAUAUGUAAGCAUAUACAUGCAUGUGCCAAAUAAUUGUCUGGUGCUGUCCAGGAGAGUGAACAGUGUUCUUUGCCCUCUAGUGCAGACAAUGAAUAUGUGUCAGCAUUGCUUUCUGGCAAUUCAGAAAAGUCUGCUGACACAUUUGAACAGGAUGUGAUGUCUCACUGUGAAACUAUAGUUGCUCUCAGCAAAGGAACACAGUGUGGACAGGAGACUAAGGCCAAAGUAUUGAAGGAUCUGAAGAAGAUCAUUGGCAAUCUUAAUAAAGAUUUUUCUUUCUCACAAGAAAAUACAGUAACAACAAUAUCAGGAAAAAAAUAGUUUGCCACUCACUAUAAAGGUGACAUGUUGAGUUGCAGACAGGCACAAUGUAAAGAAUGUUACACAUUUAGUUUUUGGCCAAAGCCUUCUCCAGAGAACAAAACACAAACAGAUUAACACUAGCAAGCACACAUGACCAAUAUCUCCCAAUGCAGAUAGUGGACAUGGGUGCAGGGAGUGUGCUUCCAUGUGUAAAUCUUUGUGUGUUUUCUUUUCUGAAGAAGGCUUUGGCCAAAAGUUAAAUGUGUAACAGUCUUUACAUUGUGCUGUCUGCAACUCAACAUGUCACCUUUACAGUGAAUAGCAAACUAU